AUGUUCAAGGUUCCAGGGUGGUCCGUCUCGGCGGACAAGCUCAAGCCUCAAACAUCGUCGAAUGAUCUCACGAGUAAUUCCGCGCAAGGUCCUUCAGAGCCCACAAAGUCGAAAAAACGCAAGAGGCCGGGCCGGAGCGGAGCUGUGACCGCGGACAAUGUCGCCGACCUGUUUGAAAGUGUCAUUGAGGGCAGGAAGGCCGAGGGUGCAAAGGCGGAGAAACCGUCCAAGAAGCAGAAGAAGGACAAGAAGCCCCAGCCGCACGUAGUAGAGGGUGCCAACCCGGCGGCGCAAGAUGGGAGCCCAGGACUCUCACCCGCCACCACAACCAAAACCGAGGAGAAGCCCAAAAAGGACAAGAAACAGAAGAAGCAACAGCAGCAGAAAAAGAACGUGGCGGACCCCGAGAUUGAGGCAGACAAACCCGUCGUCGCGGCCCCUGGACCUCCUCCUCUCCCUCCGGCUCCUGCCAAGCUCACCCCAUUGCAAGCGUCCAUGCGCCAGAAGCUGAUCUCUGCCCGAUUCCGCCAUCUGAACGAGACUCUCUACACGCGACCCUCGGCGGAGGCUCUCGCUCUCUUCGCCGAAUCGCCGGAAAUGUUCGAUGAGUACCACGAGGGUUUCCGUCGGCAAGUCACUGUCUGGCCCGAGAACCCCGUGGACAGCUUCCUCGGGGACAUCCGCCGACGUGCCAAGGUCAAGCCGCUACGAAAGGGGGACAAGCCACAGGAGGUUGGGCGUCAGGCCUUGCCGAGGACGGAGGGGACGUGCACCAUUGCGGACCUGGGAUGCGGCGAUGCAAGACUGGCCGCAGAGCUGCAGAAAGAUAAGAAGAAGCUCAAGGUGCAGAUCAACAGCUACGACCUCCAGAGCCCGAGUCCGCUGGUCACCAAGGCGGAUAUUGCCAACUUGCCCCUCGAAGACGACUCGGUCAACGUGGCCAUCUUCUGCCUCGCGCUCAUGGGCACAAAUUGGGUCGACUUUAUCGAGGAGGCAUAUCGCAUCCUGCACUGGAAAGGCGAGCUGUGGGUCGCCGAGAUCAAGAGCCGCUUCGGACCUGUGCGGAACAAGAAUGCUCCCGUGACGCACAGUGUGGGCAACCGCAAGAAAAUGGCCAAGAAGGCCAAGGCUGGCGAAGAAGAGGGUGACGCUGCUUUCGAGAACGAUCUGGCGGUCGAGGUGGAUGGUGAAGAUGACCGACGGAGGGAGACGGACGUGUCGGCGUUCGUCGAGGUGCUGCGCAAAAGAGGUUUUGUUCUGCAAGGAGAAAAGCACCAGGCUAUCGACCUUUCGAACAAGAUGUUUGUCAAGAUGCACUUCACAAAGGGCGCCGCGCCGGUCAAGGGAAAGGGAGUCAAGGCUCAGGAGAAGAGGCCCCUGAAGAAGGGCAUCACGCCAAAGCGUGAUCUCAGCAAAAUGGACGAGGACGAGAACGAAGGUGACGAGGCUACAGUCCUAAAACCUUGCGUCUAUAAGAUUCGAUAG